GACCAAAUUUUCAUGCUUGAAAGGGGAUAUAUACUGAUUAAUCCGAUUAGGUGAGGGGGUAUGCCCACAAAACAAAAGUACAAAAUUACAUCAACGAAACGGAGCAGCAACUGGAUCCAAUUGCGACGUGCAAUCCGCAAAUCCCCGAUUAAACUCCUAAUUUUGCUGCUUUACAAAACUUGCAAUUAGGGUUCUUUCACAACCAAAUCUAGUUCACGACUUUACACAACAGUUUUCGAUUCCAACAGAUAUAAUGAACGGCGAAGUUUGUCAACUGAAAGAACUGGAUGUGGAGUACUUUGAGAUACGGGAAGUUCUUCGAUGCAUCCUGCACACAAUUUUCUUUCACAGAGCUCUAGGUCUGGUGCGGCCCAAAGACAUUGAUUUGGAACUAUUUGAAAUCACAUAUGUGCAAUGUGGCGAUGCAGAGCUUGAGAAGAAAGUAGAUGAGAAGAUUGAUCAGUUUAUUGAUAAGGUAGAGAAACAUCCAAACAAGAAAAACCAGAUAUGUUUAUCUUUCUUCGAAGUAAAGAACAAACAACAAACAUGGUUUACAAACAAAGUUGAACACUUAUAUUGGGAGCACUGGUAUAUAAAUUUAAAUGUUGCUCAACACCCCAAAGCACAUUCUGGCAAGUCGCAUCAUUCUAAACUAGUUGUAGACCCUGGAGAAAGUGCAUCCGAGGAGAGAAAUGCUCGGCGGGCAACACUCGAAUCCUCUCUGCAUGAAGUUUUAUUUCAGAUAAUAAAAUUUGUAAAUGAGAAGAAAGAUCACAUUCCCCCAAUACCAAGUAUGGAGGGAGUCUCAUUUCCCUAUGAAAUUAUUAUCUCAAGGACUGUUCAUCACUUGUGAAUAUGAAUAUCGAGUUUAUGCAUAUGUGAAUGAAUAGAAACAUAAUGCAACAUCUGCGAUUGGAAAUUCAUUGGUUACGGUUAAAUUGCUAAUGUUGAGGCUAUAUCUAGUUCAUCAGAUUCAGCGUUCGGGAUGGACAUGUUUAAGAGGAUGCUCCAGACUGGGCAUCCUACCAUGCUCAGCUGAUUUCUACAACUUGUGGAUGAUGAUCAUAUGGUUGUAAAGAAAGACACUUUUAACUUUUAUUACAUAUUUGUACAUAUUCUCUUGUACCAUUGAAUUUGAAGCAGAUUAGGACGACUCACUCCAUUACCUUGUCUGUUUUGUUAUCUCUAUAUUUUCUGUAGUUUGAAAACCGUAGAUGUGAGAACAUAUGAAUAAGUUCAUGUCAAUUGUAGCAUCUAAGGGCGUCUGUCGGUAGCA